UCUUCCGCUUUCAGUGAAAACUUGCUGCCAAAUCCGAUUUCUCUGGGGAAGCAGUACCACGUCUUCAACUCAGAGGAAGACUACAAAACAAAACAAAAAAAGAAUUACCAAGGAAAGAAAAGUUCGGAUUUUGGCAAGACGUGCGUCUGCUUGGGAGACCCAGACGAUUUCAGCUUGGAAAAUAAGCUUUAAAUAACUUUUUAAGUACGGGGACAUUCCCCUUGGAAACGCGGUUUCACUCCAAUCGCAACUUCGUUUGCUGCUCUUAAAAUUCUGAUUUUCACGCGUCACUGACAAUUUGGGGUACGCAAGGAAUAACGUGAAGUGAGAAAUGAGAUGCUUCAAGAUUCCUACGUUCCUCCGAAUGUAUUGCUGGUUGCAUUGGUUCCUAUGCAUUGUCUGUUCGCAUUUAAGUGAAGCAUCCGUUAAACAGAGCUUCAGCCCAGAGGGCUGGCUCCAACAGUAUGGCUACUUGCCCCCAGGGGAUUUGCGGACACAUACCAUGCGGUCCCCACAAACUGUCACAGAAGCAAUAGAAACAAUGCAGAAAUUCUAUGGGCUGACCAUCACAGGAGAACUUGAUGCUAACACCAUGAAGGCCAUGCAACGACCAAGAUGUGGAGUCCCUGACAAGUUUGGCUCGGAACUCAAAACAAAUGUUAGAAGAAAGCGCUAUGCUUUACAGGGUUUGAAAUGGAAUCAUCAAGAAAUUACCUAUUGCAUACAGAAUUAUACUCCAAAGGUGGGUGAAUACGAAACAUACCAGGCAAUCCGCAAAGCCUUCAAAGUUUGGGAAAGUGUUACUCCACUGCGUUUCCGAGAAAUACCAUACUACCUAAUACGAGACAAACAUGAGAAGUUUGCUGAUAUCAUGAUCAUGUUUGCUGAUGGUUUCCAUGGAGACAGCACACCAUUUGACGGGGAAGGUGGUUUCCUGGCACAUGCCUAUUUUCCAGGACCUGGCAUUGGGGGAGAUACUCACUUUGACUCAUCAGAGCCAUGGACUGUAAAUGAUAUUGACAUAAAUGGCAAUGAUGUGUUCCUUGUAGCAGUUCACGAGUUAGGCCAUGCCCUUGGAAUGGAACACUCAGGUGACCAAUCGGCCAUUAUGGCUCCCUUCUACCAGUGGAUGGAUACUCAAAAUUUUGAACUACCUGAAGAUGACCGCAGGGGAAUCCAGUUACUUUACGGGUCUCCUGACUUACAACCUAUCCCAACCGUGCCCCCUAAAAAGCCCACCAAGCGACCCUCAGUACCAAAGACUCCAAGUAAACCAGAUGUUCCUGUAAACCCUGGUUCACCAUAUAGUCCCAACAUUUGUGAUGGCAACUUUGACACUAUUGCAGUUUUGCGUGGAGAGAUGUUUGUCUUCAAGGAAAAGUGGUUCUGGCGAGUCCGAAAUAAUCGUGUGAUGGAUGGGUACCCCAUGCCAAUUGGUCACUUCUGGCGAGGACUUCCUCCUUCAAUUAACAGUGCCUAUGAACGGAAGGAUGGAAAAUUUGUUUUCUUCAAAGGAGAUAAAUAUUGGGUGUUCAAUGAAGCCAACUUAGAGCAAGGCUUCCCUAAAUCCCUCAAGGAAUUGGGGACUGGUUUGCCUAGCGAUAGGAUUGACUCUGCACUCUACUGGCUGAACAAUGGAAAAACAUAUUUUUUUAGGGGUAACAAGUAUUACCGAUUUACAGAGGAAACAAGAUCAGUUGAUACUGAUUAUCCCAGGUUAAUCAGUGUCUGGCAAGGAGUACCAGAAUCUCCCAAAGGAGCCUUUAUGGAUGGCAAUGGAGAUUUCACCUAUUUCUACAAGGACAAUCGGUACUGGAAGUUGAACAACCAAAAUGUGAAAGUAGAGCCUGGCUUUCCCAAAUCUGUACUUCGUGAUUGGAUGGGCUGCGACAGAGAUGGAGAGUUUGAUGAAACUGGUGGUGGUGGUGGUCCUGGAAAAGAUGGCAAAGACACAGAAGUGAUUAUUAUCGAGGUGGAAGAAGCAGACCAAGGAGUUAAUGCUGCCGCCAUAAUCAUCCCCAUCUUCCUUCUUCUGUGUGUUCUGGCUGCUCUUGGUGCUAUCAUCUUCUUCAAAAGAUAUGGUACACCACGCCGACUGCUGUACUGUCAGCGCUCUCUGUUGGAUAAGGUGUGAGUCAGCUGUAGGCAAGCUGCAGAGCGCAGGACAGCUCUGGGCAGGACCUCUGUGUUGCUGAUCACCUUGUCUGUCACUCUUAUAAUCACGUCCUUCCUUACUGUUGCCAGUAUUACUCCUGGUUACUCUGAGACUGAUCACAGUAUACCACCAGGAAACAGGGGAUAGCUUCACUGAGGGGUCUCGCAUUUUCUCCAAAGUAAGCCCUUCUCUUCAUCCCUAAACCAUAACUAAAUACUCUGGGCCAUCUCAAGUUGCUCUUUCAGGGUAAUAAUGGAGUGAGGGGAGUGUGACAGUACGUAAGGACUAAAUUGUAUUCUCUACCUGUUUGGUGGUCUAUUUCUAGUUAUAUACCUUAAUUCUAAAGGGAAUAUUUCCUAGCAUACAGCGCCACAUAGUGGACAUGUGUAACAACUGCAGUGUCUUAAAGGCAAAAUAUUUUUUUUUAUUUACUGUCUCACCCCCACAUUAAAUCCAAAUGACAUAACGAAAGAAUAGUUUAUUUCACAUAAACCAUGCCAUAGAGCCAUAGUUAAUUGCAUCCCUGGAAAUGAUCUGAAUGCAGAAUGUAAUGUUCACUCUGUAUAUGCUGAAAGGACCUUUUUCCCUUUUUCAGCUUCUUUACAUCGCAUCAGAGUGAAAGAAUUUGAUAUUUAUUUCUCUUUAAGCACAUACAGUAUCAGGAUUAGCACCUCAGACCUACCACCUAUUACUUAGUGUCAACAAGUACCAUUCUCUGGGAGGGCAGGAUUACCGUUCUGAUUUCCACCGGUAGCUCAGGGUCCUUUGGUAGUAUUCACACUAGGCACUAAUGGAAUUAACCCAAUAGUGAUUCUCUGCACUUAUACACACCUGUUGGGAUUUCAGCAACCUACCCUUCAUUUUAAUUAGUUUUUACCAUUAUGUGACAACCCAGUUUUUAAUACUGAUGUAUGUCUCUACCACAUACAAGAUGGAUUCCAGUCUCCUGUUAUACUCCCAGAACAUGUGCUAUUGUAAUUCCAGUUAUACAUUCCAUGUUAAGCUUUGUUUUUUCUAAUGGAAAGGAUCAUAUAGUGUCUCAAUUUUUAUCCAUUCCUUGUAAAAUGUUUAAUUCUUUCAUCAUGUUUUAAUUUUUUUGGAUGCACAGAGACAAAAGUGAUGAAACAAUUAUUGAUGCAGUUUUAGUCCCCGGGGCUUUGUUAGAGUAUGGAUCAGGUGACCGGAGCACUUAGGUUAAUGGAUUAAUAUCUGGAUUCAAAGCCUCCAAAACCACAGUCUGCAGUUGUUAAUUCAGACACAUUAUGUUUUUAAACACACUGUAAAAGUAAGAAAGCACCACAGUAAAACUGACCAACCUCGCUGUCACGCCUGCGUAGCGUUGGCCAGAUAGAGCUCCACCUCUGAGCAAUGAGCUCACAUUGGUUUCUCCAAAUUUCUGUCUGUUUAUUAAAUUUUAGCAGCGCCAGCAGUAUGAAAAUCUCCUGACUUGGAUCAAAAUUUCUUACUGCCACUUCUCGGUUCCACAAGUACCGAAUGCUUAGCCCUACUUUUCUGAACUGUUUAUUUUGGCAUUUGGAGAGGUGUCCAAAGGGAAUGCAGGAGCUUGUUGAUUGAAGAUAACCAAUGGAGGCAAACAUUCUUUAGUAUAGCAUUGUGGAGGCUCAUAAAAAUAGUAAGUUUUAAUGAGGGUUUAUUCGGAAGCACAGGAAUGGUUUGAUAAUGCUGUUUUGUGUAAUUUUUUUGUUUGUAUGCUGUUGUCUGUAGUGAUAACUAGAGGGUUGGUGGAACUGAACCUAGGUGACUUCUAAAAUCAAUAUGGAUUUUUUUUUUUCGGCUCAAGAGAGGGAGACAGAAAUGAUCAUUAUUACAACAAGGACUGUGACAGACAUUAUUAGAGUGGAACCUAUUUAUAUGCUAAUUAAUAUAAUGUUACUCUCUUUUAGUGGAGAUGAUAGCUAAUAGAUGAAUUAUUUACUUUAAAUCUUGUGUUUGUAAUCAUAUACUAAUAUUUGGUAUAGGGUGAUCAAUGUGCACAUAUGUGUUAGUUUUUGUCACAUCAUAUUGUUUUACUGCUGAUACUUCCCAAGUAUAACAGCCAACAGGAUUUAGUGGUUGUGCCCCUAGAGUAUAUUGACCCCUUUGUUUUCAUUUUCAUUGUUUUCAGAGGUGGGGCUCUCCAUUAGUUAUUUUUAACUCUAUUCGUACUCGUUGAAUUAUUUUUAUUUUCUUGAAGGUUUCUGGUGUUACUGAUUGGGACAUUUAGGUUUUUAACCCAGUAUAAUUUGUCGUGCAAAAUAAAAAGUCCAUUUGUAGAGUGUAUAAGUAGAAAAUCAUGCACAAUGCACAAUUUCAGAGUGCUUAUUGCAGGAAUACCACUGUCAGAAAAGCAGUCAAUGUCUCAGUGCCUGAUGGCAAUUAACCGAAAUUUAAAAUACUGGGACCCAAUAAGGGAAGAGACUGGUUCUUCAUAAUUGUAAAUAUAAUGUUUACAUUGUCAAUGCAUUUCUCAUUCCAAUCUCAUCCCAAAGCACUUUAUAAAGAGUAGGUUGCAAGCUUUUCAUUACAGUAUGCACAUGGCCUUGGGUUUCCCAACUCGUCGCAGGCAUAGAGCGCCAUCAGUUCAGUGACUUCCUCAGGAUCGCUCAAUGAGUCUGGCUGGUUUAAGAUUUGAUCCAGUACUCUUUUAUUAUUAACCACUGGACCUCUCAGAAUAUUUUAAUCUUAGUGAAAGUCAACCCCCACCCCCUCCAUACCCCCCUUAAUUUUGAAGUCUUGCAGUUGUUAACUGGUCAGGCAGGUCCAAAUAAUUGUAUUUUGAUUCUUCAAAAAAAAUUCAGAUUUUUUUUUUAUAAAAGAAUGUAACAUAAAGGGAAUAACAUUUAAAUAUUUUAUGUCUUCUAUUGUUAUUGUUUUAUUCAUCGCAAAUGAUACAGUUUGUCAUUUUGUAUGGAUUUAAUUUUAUUUUGGAUUUUGUGCUUCCAGUACAUAAAUAGGAAGGCAAAAUAUUUCUGCUGUUAUCUCUGGCAGGAAGGUGAUAUUCCACUAGUGGUUCCUACAAUCCCACUCUUCCACCACCAUCUCACCUCCCCAUUUUCCUUGACAAUGCAACUAGGUAUCGCAGCUUUCGUAUAUUAAAUAUUUUUUAAAUUUUGUGUGGGAGGUUUCUGGGAAAAUCUGACAAACUGUUUUUUCAAGGUGGCAGUGCCUUUUUGUACCCUCUGAAUACAGUCGGUAAACAAAUCAAUACAAGACUGAUAAAUGUAACACUUAAUAAAGAAUAUAUACAUAUUUUCAAUUGUGCUGUUUGAACCUAGGCGUGCCUUCUAUCAGUUUACGUAAUACAAAAACAUCCUUGUUGCUGAAACAAUUCGACAUUCUGCAUUCCAGUAUUUGACUGAUUUCUCUGUACAGCAGUUUGUCAGAUUUUCUUACCUGCUUUGAUGAUGUUGGAAAAAAUAGCAACAUUUGUUCACCAUUGAACUCUGCUGGAGCACAGUGUGCUUAUUUCGGGGGGGUGGGGUGGGGGGUGGUCGGCAUGUCUUUUCUUUUGUUUUAUAGCAAUAAAACUUUUUUCUUGCUGGUUUCUUUAGCAAAGUUUCUUUUGCUUUUAUUUGAACUGUCAACAAGUCCUGCAGAGCGGGCUGGUAGAUGACAGUUAACUAUGAUUUUUUUUUUAAUUAAAAAAAAA